AUGAGAAAAAAAUUGGUACUCGAAGAGAGAGCAAUAUGCAACGUUGUGGCAGUCUACCGUGAAAGAGGAAAUUACUUGCAGCGGUUGGAGCAAUUUGAGAAAGCAAUCCUAGCGUACAACGAGGCCUUACGGUGGAAUAAUGCCGACGUACGGUCUCUGCUCGGAAGGAGUUUAGCUCGAGCCAAAGCGACGCAUUAUGCCGAUGCAUUAGCUGAUGCGGCUCGCGCAGCUGAACUUGAACCAGAUAACCCGACAGCUCUCCAGAUACGGGCGCAAACGAAUUAUGAGAAGUGUGCAUUUGAGAGGGCGUUCCUCCUCGCGUGUAGGGGACAAAUGCUUCGGAAGUAUCCCCCAAACUUCGCAGAAUGUACCCAAUGUGCUGAAGAAACGGUUGAAGAAAUGUCACGUGUAGGAAAGCAAAAAGCCGAACGAAUAUCUCGCUUAAUGGCUUCUAAAUACUUGGAACAAAUGGCCCAUGACAAAUACUUUCUCACUCAGCUAUGUAAGGAUGAGCGUCUGCAUUCAGCUAACAGACAAGGUUCUCAGAAGUUACAAGAAUUAGCGAAUAAAGCUUUGGCUGAUGUGGAAAAGCGACAGGAAGUUCUUCGUGAGCGUAGACCACUUUACGCCGCCCGAGCAGCUGAAGCUGAGGCCCGUGAAAGAUUAUCAAGUGCUCGAAAAGAAAGGCUUGGCAAUGCUCAAAAACAGCAUGUAACUGAUGCCGAACGACUAGUGAGGGCAACGCAAGCUGUAUAUGAAGAACGCAAUACAGGAAAAUGCUUGGAAACAGCAGAAUUUGCAAUGGAACAAAUUUCAAGAAAACCAGCGAAUUUAUUACCCGGAAAAGAUAAAUUCAUCCAAAAAUUGCAAGAAAUCGUCGCUAAUGCAUUUCUGGAUCAGAAACGUGUCAGAGAAGAAAUGAGUGAGGCAGAUCGCGAAAAAAGAGCUUUCAUACUGCUGGGGAUUGCGAUAUCUCGUGAACCGAGUCACGAUUCGAUCUUGCGAGUCCGCCCCCCCGCACCGCCGCGCGAUGCGAAACGACGCUUGCGUACAUUGGAGCGUGCAUUAUCACAGAGUACGCGUGCAUGGGAACGGUGCUACGUCUUGCAUGAACUGUCGCGGCUACAUGCCGAUACUAAACAGGCUCAUAGGGCUAAAUUCUUCGCUCUUAAAUGCCAAACAGAAGCAAGGUCUUCCAAUCAACGAAUUUGGUUGCUAAACUCAACAUUUCUCUUGGCACGUUGCCACUUGCUACAAAAUAAUCGACCAGAAACAAGGGCCACUCUUAUUGAAGGAGCAGGAUUAGCUCGAGCCUAUGGGUAUCAUGAUGUCGCCGCGUUCUUCGAUACGUGUGUUAAUAUUUCACUGGAAGGUGAAAUUGCUUCAAGUGACGCCAUAUUAGAGAAACGUGAGAAGGCGAUGGUCAGCCUGAUGCAGGACGAUGACCUGCGACUCGCUGCUGAACACCUCUUUAGAAAAAUGUCUGUCAUACCCGCGUCAAGGCGAUUCUCGAUAAUGCCAGGCACUCGCGCGGAGGACAGCGCUCCAGCUGUCAGCCGCCGCUUAUCGAUUGCUCCGCGGACUCAGCCAGCGAGGAUCGCUCAUAAAACUCAACAUCCACUUGGCUUUCAAGACUUUGAUAUAUAA